AGCCUCUUUGUCUUGUCGUGUUAGUCUGUGUGUAGUGUGUGUGAAGGCAGGACAUGGAGUCUAACUCUACCACUAAAUCUUUCGCCCUUUCCCAGUCUUUCAGCGUAUCUGAUAUCAUUGUAAUCGGAGCAUAUUUUUUAUUGAACGUUGCAGUUGGAAUAUGGUCAUCUUGCAGAGUGAGUCGAAACACACUAAGUGGAUAUUUUCUGGCUGGCAGAGACAUGGCGUGGUGGCCGAUUGGUGCAUCUCUGUUUGCCAGCAGUGAGGGUUCAGGGCUGUUCAUCGGUCUGGCUGGGACAGGAGCAGCAGGAGGGAUCGCUGUCGCUGGAUUUGAAUGGAAUGCAACUUAUGUCCUGUUGGCUCUUGCCUGGGUCUUUGUCCCAGUUUAUGUGUCUUCUGGGAUUGUCACAAUGCCAGAGUAUCUGGGUCGGCGGUUUGGAGGAGAGCGAAUUCGCAUGUACUUGUCAGCUCUCAGUUUGAUGCUGUCUGUGUUUACCAAGAUCUCAACGGAUCUGUACUCUGGAGCUCUGUUUAUCCAGGUUUGUUUGGGCUGGAAUCUCUACCUCUCCACUGUGCUCAUGCUGGUCGUCACUGCCCUCUACACUAUUGCAGGUGGCUUGGCUGCUGUAAUCUACACCGACACUCUUCAGACCUUCGUCAUGAUCAUUGGAGCGGUCAUCCUCACCAUUACAGCAUUCAAUGAAAUUGGAGGCUACAAUAAACUGGAGAGCGUGUAUUUGGAAGCGGUGCCAUCUAAGAUCAUCCCAAACACAACAUGUCACCUACCCAGGGCUGAUGCCAUGCACCUGUUCAGAGACCCUGUUCAUGGAGACCUGCCCUGGCCAGGCAUGACACUGGGAUUAACGAUUCUUGCAACAUGGUACUGGUGCACUGAUCAGGUAAUCGUGCAGAGGUCUCUGUCAGCCAAGAAUAUGAGUCACGCCAAAGGGGCAUCCAUCUUUGCCAGCUAUCUCAAGAUGCUUCCCAUGAUCUUCAUCAUCCUACCUGGCAUGAUCAGCAGGGCACUCUACCCAGACACAGUGGCUUGUGUCGACCCUGAAGAAUGUGUAAAGGUGUGUGGUGCAGAGGUGGGCUGUACCAACCUCGCUUUUCCAAAACUGGUCAUCGAGCUCAUGCCCAGCGGCCUCCGGGGGUUAAUGAUAGCUGUAAUGAUGGCUGCUUUGAUGUCUUCACUGACCUCCAUCUUUAACAGCAGCAGUACACUCUUCACGAUGGACAUCUGGAAGAAGUAUCGAAGAGGUGCUAGCGAGAAGGAGCUGCUGCUGGUUGGCAGGAUAGUGACGGUUAUUCUGGUGGUGAUUAGCGUGGUUUGGAUCCCUAUUCUUCAGAGCGCUAACAGUGGUCAGCUGUAUGUUUACAUUCAGUCAGUGACCAGCUAUCUGGCCCCUCCUGUUACUGCCAUUUUUGUAAUGGCUGUUUUCUGGAAAAGAACCAAUGAGGCGGGAGCAUUCUGGGGCCUGAUGGUGGGUCUAGUGGUGGGCUUGACACGGAUGAUCCUAGAGUUUGCGUUCCCUCCACCCCGCUGUGGGGUGUUUGACCCUGCUCCCUCUGUCCUGAGGAGUGUACACUACCUACACUUUGCCAUCAUACUGUGUGCCCUCACUGCUUUUGUUGUGAUGGUGAUCAGUCUGCUGACCCCUCCACCCACCGAGGAACAGAUACAUAAUCUUACCUGGUGGACUCUCCACAACAGCACUGAGAGAGAAAUACCUCUACAGAAAGUAACUACACUCAGCCGCAGGACGGACGGCUGUGAGUCUGUGCGCAGGGGUAAGUGUGUCCGCACCGCUGGGUUCUGUAGCCCCCGACCUGGCCGAAUCACAUCCGGGCCUCCAUCUCCCAUCAUUCACAGCAUCAGAGAAGAUCCUUUCUGGUCUCGCUUCUGCUGUGUCAAUGCCAUCAUUCUUGUGUGCGUUAACAUCUUCCUCUAUGCUUACUAUGCGUAACAUACUCAAGCAAACAGUCAUGCACAUCAGUUUCUUGUCCUUUUGAUAAAAGUGCAUCACAUAGAUGACUGACAAAACCUUCGGGAUUUUACUUGUUGCAUAUCCAUGUUAAAAUUUUAAUUACAUUUAGAUCAGAAUGAUUGCAAAACAGUGCAAUAGCUGAAUUAAGAUUGUCAUCACAAAGAACAGUUUUUCUUUUCCGUUUUAAAUAUAAAUAGUGAUAUAAAUCCCUUUAAAUUAUUUGGGCUACACAAAACUAGAGGACUAGUUUAUAGUAUGUUUUAAUAGUUGUUCAGUUAGCUUUUCAUAUGAUGAAUAUAUGCUGUACAUUAAACAAUUGAACAUUUACCUUUGAGAAUAGGGCUAAAAAAAAAAAAAGUUACCAUGAGUUUUUUCACAGUGCAUGCUUAAAAGGCAAUACAUUAUGCAUUAAGUAAGAUCUUAUGUUUGAUAAUCUGAUUUGAUGAUCUUAUGAUCACGUUAACUGGGAAACCAAAAAAAAAAAAAAAGAGAAAGAGAGAGAGAAAAAAAAAACAUUACUAGAUACUCCCAAAGAAGUGGGUGUAAAUUUAACUGCAAUUUUUCUUCUUAUAAAUAAAUGAACAGUGAUUAAACUGUAAUGUUCUGUACAGCACAUCAAUGACACGGUAAUUCGUGCCUAAAUAAUUAUUUCAACAAUAGCGUUAGAAUAGCCAUAGAUUAUAUGAUUGUAAGAACAGUUUGUAAAUGAUUUUAAGAACAGAAAAUCAGGGUGGCUUACAUGAAACGUUGACUGUUGAAUAUUUGUGGCUGUUCAUGUUAAUCUUUUUGUUUUCUCUUAAUUUAUAUUGUUUUAUUGUUAAUGUGCAAAUGAAAAAUUGAUGCAUUAAAAUCAUGAAGCAAUGUGUAAACCAA